UUUCAGUCGCUUUCACCCAACGUUUCAACGGCUUCGCAUUUAACACAAUCCUCUGCCCCCCCUGCCCCCUCUUUCUCUCUUCUCUCUGUUUCGCCAUUGCUCAAGUGUCGGCCAACUUUGGAUCUGCCUCCUAGAUCAAAAUGGAAAACGAGGAUCAGUACCAACAAGCUCUAAAGCCGAAGUAUGAGUGUCUUCUAUUUGAUCUGGAUGACACUCUUUAUCCUUUUAGUUCUGGUUUGUCGGUAGAAGUCACCAAGAAUAUUCGAGAAUAUAUGCUUAAAAAACUUGGCAUAGAGGAGAAGAAGGUCCCUGAGUUAUGUGUUUCCUUGUACAAGGAUUAUGGGACGACGAUGGCUGGUCUCAGGGCUAUUGGCUAUAACUUUGAAUAUGAUGACUUCCAUAGUUAUGUUCAUGGGAGAUUGCCCUACAACUUGCUAAAACCUGACCCUGUGCUGAGGAGUCUUUUGCUUAGCCUGCCUGUUCAGAAAGUUAUUUUUACGAAUGCAGACAAGGCCCACGCUGCUAGAGUGCUUAGCAAGCUUGGAUUGGAGGACUGCUUUGAAGGGAUUAUAUGCUUUGAAACUCUAAAUUCAAACAACAAAGAAGGGAAUGUCGUUCCUACAGAAGAGGAUGACGCAGAAUUGGGAGACACAAGACCAAGUACCAUUUCAAGCACUGAAGCUUUUGACAUUGACGAGUAUAUGAGUCAACCUAAAGCUAGUUUGGUACUUCCAAAGACCCCAGUUGUCUGCAAACCAUUUGAGGAUGCAUAUGAAGAAGUUUUCAAGAUAGCCAACAUCAACCCUCAAAGAACAUUGUUCUUUGAUGAUAGCAUCCGUAAUAUACAGACUGGGAAACGCGUGGGUCUUCACACUGUGUUGGUCGGCACUUCUCACCGGAGUCAAGGCGCGGAUUAUGCACUGGAGAGCAUACAUAAUAUCAAGGAAGCGUUGCCGGAGCUCUGGGAAGGUGAAGAGAAGUCUGAGAACAUUGGGUAUGCUGCGAAGGUUGCAAUUGAGACAUAUGUGAAGGCUUAGCUUUGUAUCAUAUGUUCGUAGUGUGAACAAAAAGGAUAUGGGGAUAGGCCUUUUUAACACCCCUGCCUGUAUGAUUAAUUUUAUUAGCCUACAUCUCCUGACAAAUGGAUGUGGGAAAGUGGAAACCUCCUAUGUAUUUAAUCCUGAGCGUCCAUAUUCAAUAAGAUGAGAUGUUAUGUUACUGAAUUACAGAUGGAAGAAAGCAGCUUUGCUGCUGUAAUAAUAAUAUGUUUGUUAUGUUAAGCGAAAA